GUACAGCAGGACCCUACUCUGGGGGGGAGAGCUGCCCACAUAGGGUGGCAAUCUGGAGGGAGCUCUGUGCAGACUGGUACUCUGCAGGAGGUACACCUGGACCCUACAAAUAGACUAUUACUUUGGAAAGAGUGCUGCCCACAUAGGCUGGCAAUCUGGAGGGAGCUCUGUGCAGACUGGCACUCUGUAGAAGGGGCUGCAGGGCACUCUACCAAUGUACUGGGAAUCUACAGAAAAUCCUGCCCACAUAGACUGGCAUUGUUCAGGGAAGUACUGUAAACAAACUGGAAUCUGGACAUGCAAAUAACUUGCCACUCAGGAGGGGAAUAAAAGCUGGAUAUUUCAGCUAAUGAACUGAACAUUAACAGUCAUCCUGUGUGCAAUGUAUCUCUGAAACCUCUUUCUGGAGCUGUAUUAUAAUCAGAUGGCAUUCUUUUUAUAUUUCGUUUUCUAAGGUGGCAGAAACCCAGAUCUAGUAAAUUGUAUUUACAAAUGUAACCCUGCCUGCUGUUUUCUUCCUGUUUGGAUACAUUGAUAUUCUGAUACAUUCCAAUCAACUGGAGAUACUUGCACAUACAUUUAUUUGCAUUCUACUUGGCUUCUAGGAACUUAACUUUUACAGUUCUGUAUUACACCAGGCUGUUAAAAACACAGUUUUAGACAUCUUUUGCCCCUAACAUCCAGUGCCAGUCUGAAGAUUAUUAUUAAGAAUGCCAGUGAAUAAGAAAGAUACUGAACGAGCGCUGGUAUUAUUGGAAGACUAUUGUGAAAAACUACACGAACCAGAUGAGCAGCAUCUCAGACAGGCCAUUAAGAAGGUCAUACGUAUGUUAAAAAGUGAUUUAUUCAAAGCGUUGAUAGAUAUACAAGAAUUUUACGAAGUGACAUUGUUAAAUUCUCACAUAAACACUGAGGAAAAACUUGCUGAGCUGAGCCAUGUGACGGAAUUAUGGGAAAAGAACAAUUCAUCGUCUACAGGUCAAGAGAGCUUGCAAAGAGCUUCGGAGCUUGCAGGCUUAGAUUGUUCCAAUGGAUACACAACCAGUGAGGAUCCAAACACCGAGAAUCCCUUGGGUGAAGCCACAACUUCUGAAAGAAAGAAAUAUCGUUAUCAAGAUGAGGAUACUCCUCCGCACGACCAUUCACUACCGCGGCUAACACACGAUCUAAAAGGUCCAGAACUUGUUCAUGUGUCUGAAAAAAACUUGUCUCAAGUAGAAAAUGUCCAUGGGUAUGUCAUGCAAUCCCAUAUAUCACCGCUCAAGGCGAGCCCAGCACCCAUCAUUGUAAAUACCGAUACCUUGGAUACCAUUCCUUAUGUGAGCUACACACCAUUUCAUGAAAACGCGAUCAAUGGAUCAGAAAUUGAAUAUGAAUUUGAAGAGAUUACAUUGGAGAGGGGUAAUUCAGGAUUGGGUUUUAGUAUUGCUGGAGGUAUAGAUAAUCCACAUGUGGGAGAUGACCCGGGAAUAUUUAUUACGAAGAUUAUACCAGGAGGAGCAGCAGCUGAAGAUGGUCGACUCCGGGUCAAUGAUUGUAUUCUCCGAGUGAAUGAAGUGGAUGUUUCUGAAGUAUCACACAGUAGAGCAGUAGAAGCGUUGAAGGAGGCAGGUUCUAUCGUACGACUCUAUGUUAGAAGAAGAAGACCCAUUCUUGAAACUGUUGUCGAAAUCAAACUUUUCAAAGGGCCCAAGGGUUUGGGAUUCAGUAUUGCUGGAGGAGUUGGAAAUCAGCACAUUCCUGGUGAUAAUAGCAUUUAUGUAACUAAAAUUAUUGACGGGGGAGCAGCACAAAAAGAUGGCCGGCUACAAGUUGGGGAUCGGCUACUCAUGGUCAAUAAUUAUAGUUUAGAAGAAGUAACACAUGAAGAAGCAGUGGCAAUUUUGAAGAACACAUCUGAUGUGGUUUAUCUGAAAGUAGGAAAGCCUACAACAAUAUAUAUGACGGAUCCUUAUGGUCCUCCCGAUAUCACUCACUCAUAUUCUCCACCAUUGGAUAGUCACAUCAUGAGUUCUGCCAAUAAUGGAACGUUGGAAUAUAAGAGUUCUAUGGCGCCCAUCUCUCCAGGAAGAUAUUCCCCAAUCCCAAAGCACAUGCUUGUCGAGGACGACUACACCAGGUCUCCAGAACCCGUUUACAGCACUGUGAAUAAACUGGGUGAAAAACCUUGUUCUCCGGGGCAUUACUCUCCAAUAGAAUGUGACAAAAACUUCCUUUUAACUUCCCCGUAUCCUCAAUUUCAUGGAGGCCUACUUCCAGAAUCAGAGAUUUCAAGAGAACCCCGGAAAUUAAUAUUGCACAAAGGGUCAACUGGACUGGGGUUCAACAUAGUUGGAGGAGAAGAUGGAGAAGGAAUUUUUAUCUCUUUCAUCUUAGCAGGGGGUCCGGCUGAUCUAAGUGGGGAACUGCAGCGAGGAGACCAGAUCUUAUCUGUUAACGGCAUCGAUCUACGAGGGGCAUCACACGAGCAGGCCGCAGCUGCCUUGAAAGGAGCAGGUCAGACAGUAACAAUCGUAGCACAAUAUCAGCCAGAAGAGUACGCUCGAUUUGAGGCAAAAAUCCAUGAUCUCCGUGAGCAGAUGAUGAAUCACAGUAUGAGUUCUGGGUCAGGGUCGCUGAGAACGAAUCAAAAACGUUCACUAUAUGUAAGAGCUAUGUUUGACUAUGACAAGAGCAAAGAUAGUGGUCUCCCAAGCCAGGGUCUAAGUUUUAAAUACGGGGAUAUUCUACAUGUUAUCAAUGCAUCUGAUGACGAAUGGUGGCAAGCAAGGAGGGUCUUACAAGAUGGAGACAGCGAGGAAAUGGGCGUUAUCCCCAGUAAAAGAAGGGUGGAGAGAAAGGAACGAGCGAGGUUAAAGACAGUAAAAUUUAAUGCAAAGCCUGGAGUCAUUGAUGCCAAAGGGUCAUUCAAUGACAAGCGUAAAAAGAACAUCAUCUUUUCACGAAAGUUUCCAUUCUACAAGAGCAAGGAGCAGAGCGAUCAGGAAACCAGUGACCCGGAACGAGGUCAAGAAGACUGCAUUUUGUCAUAUGAACCUGUCACAAGACAAGAAAUAAAUUAUACCAGGCCUGUCAUUAUUCUGGGUCCUAUGAAAGAUCGAGUCAAUGAUGACCUGAUUUCUGAAUUCCCUGAUAAGUUUGGCUCUUGCGUUCCACAUACUACAAGACCAAAGCGAGACUAUGAGGUUGAUGGGCGAGAUUAUCAUUUUGUCAUCUCAAGAGAACAGAUGGAAAAAGACAUUCAAGAACACAAGUUCAUAGAGGCUGGACAAUACAAUGAUAACUUAUAUGGAACUAGUGUACAAUCAGUAAAAUUUGUGGCAGAAAGGGGUAAACACUGUAUAUUAGACGUUUCAGGAAAUGCCAUCAAAAGAUUACAAGUAGCACAACUUUAUCCUAUAGCUAUCUUCAUAAAACCCAAGUCUGUGGAGUCUUUAAUGGAAAUAAGCAAACGCCUCACGGAAGAACAAGCAAAGAAAACCUUUGAUCGAGCACUCAAACUAGAACAAGAAUUUGGUGAAUUUUUUACAGCUAUUGUUCAAGGUGACACCUUGGAGGAUAUAUAUAAUUCUUGCAAACUGGUAAUUGAGGACCAAUCUGGACCUUUCAUCUGGAUUCCUUCAAAGGAGAAGUUAUAACUUAGCUACAAACUAUAGGAAAAUAGAAUCCUGAAGAAGGUUCCAAGAUGGCUCUAACAUAUGAUUCGGAAGCUUUUUUUUAUGUUUUGUUGUAAUUAUGUUCCCUGGGUCUGUGACUUUUUAAUGAAUGUAGAACAGACUGUGUGUAAGAGAUGGCAGAACUAUCUGAAAAUAAAAUGGCACAUGGACACCACCCAUUGCAAUGUUGAAGGGGCCAGCAAUGCAUGGGAAGCAAAUACUAACUGACCUCCUUUAACAUCAGCUCUACUUAAACUAAAAAGAAAAACAAACUCAACAUCCCAUAGCUCUGCACUUGAAGCUCCAGGUCUUUGUUAUAUACUCUUGGCAUGGAAUGUCAGCUAUGAUGAUGUACCACCAGAAUGCAAUGGGCCGAAUGUUCUGUUGUGUUUGCUGAGCUCAAAGUGUUGGUUGCACAAAAAUAUAUAUGUAUAUCUUAUUCCAGCCUUGUUAAGCUUUUCCUUAUCAAAAACAAUCAUCGGUAUGUUUUUCAUCAUAACAUAAUUGAAAAUUGUUUUAUAUUUGUUUUUCAAAGUACACAUAAAAUUUAGAUCUUCUAUAUAAGCAGCAAACAUCAACAAAGACUCAUCCGGUUAUAGACCUUAUCAUCAUCAGUCAAGAUAAAACGAGCUACAGGUAUACCAAACAAGAAGAAAAGAGAGCAUGUUUAGUAUAAAAUCACCAUUUGCAAAAGAUGUUUCUUGUCAACGUCUUUGUGUUCAAUGUCAUUCAUUUGUCUUUGAUGACAAAAACAUUUGUUCUGUUACAAUGAAUGAAGAUACAAUGAAAAUUAUUUUAUUUUCUGUAACAAGUAUAUCUGCAGGAUACAUGUGUCUUUAAGAGGCAUUUAUCAACAACAACAAAGAAAUCAUACACUUGUCAGUUUAUUUUGAAACUUUAGGCUUUCUCAGUAAACACUGGAUAAAUAUGGUUCUAUCAUAUUAAACACAAUUUCACUUAAUUAAACAUAAAAAUAUUAAAGGGACACUCAAGGUAUGUUAAGUUCAGUGUGGAUUGCAGUUGCAGUUAUUUAGGUUAUAUAAGUCUUUUUUUUAUUUAAAUAUUCUCAAGGGUUUUUAUAAUAUUAUUAAAGGAUCACUAUAGUGUCAGGAAAACAAAAAAGGGUUUUCCUGACACUAUAGUGCCUGAGGGUGCCCCCACCCUCAGGGACCCCUCCCGUGGCGCUGAAGGGGUUAAAACCCCUUCAGCAGCUUACCUUAUUCCAGCGCCGGGCUGUCUCGGCGCUGGUGACCUCUCCUCCCCCGCCGACGUCAGCUCCCUCUGCCGACGUUAUCGGAGCUUCCUAUGGACGCUCUGCGCGGUGGAGGCAUAAUAUGCCUACAGCGUCACAGAUGCGCCUCUAGUGGCUGUCCAGAAGACAGCCACUAGAGGCUGGCUUAACCCCAAAUGUAAACAUAGCAAUUUCUCUGAAACUGCUAUGUUUGCAUCUGAAGGGUUAAAACCUGAGGGACAUUGCACCCAGACCACUUCAAUGAGCUGAAGUGGUCUGGGUGACUAUAGUGUCCCUUUAAUAUCUCCACUUUGAGCAGUAGAAGCUGACAAUCAGCCUACAUUCUCAAAACCACCAUUAUUCCAAUCUUCAUUCAGCACUGCUAUUCAAAGUUAAGUGAGCCCCAUCCUUCUCUGGGCAAAGCUCACUGCAGUAACUGCAUGGUUUGGGGAC